CAGAUUGUCAUUUACAUCGGUGGAUAAAAUGAAUCAAAGACGACUGGACAGGUGAACUCUAUGGCCCCCCAGUCCUGGGGUUGACAGGAUGACGCCGGCUGCCCUCUUGGUGUUCUGCUCUUUGCUGACCAGGACGCUAUGUGUCAUAGCCCCGCAAAUACCAGUGGACUUCAAGACCGGUGACAAGAAGGUGAUCUCAGGCCCGUUCUGGCACGAAGUCUUCACGGAGACGUAUGAGGAGCACGAGGAGGAUAUAUCCACCACCACUUCAGAACCUCUGCCGUUCUUCGAGGAUGACGCUUCAACUAACAACGUGACGGCGCAGCUGGGCAGCCGAGUGCAUUUGCACUGCAGGGUCCAUGAUUUGGGGGAGAAGACGAUCCAAAAGCGACUCAUAGGCCCUUAUUACAGAAGUUGA